AUAAUAGAAUGAAAUGAAAUUAUCCCUUCGUCAUUUCCCCUAACUCUAUACCCCGCUUCUCCUCCCGCCGCCGUCGCCUUCGAGUCGACUCACCGCCGCUGGCCGCUCCUCUUCCAUUCUUGAGAUCAGCGCCGCCCAGUCGGUGACGAGCGCGGGCUCGACACUUCCUCAGAAGUCCGACCAGCAGCGAGUACCGGUAAAUUCCCUGGAUCAUGGCUGGAUGGCAACGUUGUCUACGAUCUGUUUUUCGGCAGGUCACUACAGUGGCUGAGCAGAAUUGUCGGAUAUAUAGCACUGGGUAUAGCACCUGCACAAAGAUCCUUUCACCAGGUCAAUAUGCACAUCCAUGGAGACUAUCUGAUUUUUCUUCUGCAAAAGUUGGAAGGCCUCUUUAUCAGUAUCUACAGCAUCUGCAAAUUUCCAGUACAAGGAGCUUGUUGGCUGAAGAAAAUACUGAUGCAGUACCUAUCUCUUCUCCUCUUCUCAUUGGAGAUUCUCUGAAGACCAAGAAAAAAGAUGGGCUAUCAAAACCAUUGACCGUUCAAGCUAUUAAGAAAAAAAUAAGACAGAGUCCAAAGAAGGUUAAUCUGGUCGCUAAACUAGUACGUGGUAUGCGUGUUGAAGAUGCUCUCUUGCAAUUGCAACUGAUUGUGAAACGGGCUGCAAUGACUGUCUAUCAGGUGAUCCAUUCAGCCCGCGCAAAUGCAACACAUAACCAUGGACUCGAUCCAGAUCGUCUCCUCGUUGCUGAAGCUUUUGUGGGGAAAGGUGUGUAUCGUAAGCAAGUAUCGUACCAUGCUAAAGGUAGGUCUGGUGUCAUGGAGAGGCCUCAAUGCCGCCUGACGGUGGUGGUCAGGGAAACCACUCCCGAAGAGGAAACAAAGAUCGCGAAGCUGCGAGUAAGCAAUUUCAAGAAAUUGACUAAGCGGGAGAGGCAACUCAUGCCUCACAAGCUCAUCGAGACAACUCCUAAAUGGACUCGGAGGCGCAAGGAGGCUGCUACAGAUUCAUAAGGGUGGUGCAAUUCUGUGUUUUUCUUCUAUUACUCUUGCAAGAGAUGGCAAAACUCGUGUUGAAUUGUUUGCAUUUGUAGCAUCUGUUGUCUCAAGGCAGCACUAAUGGUACAUCUUCCAAUAUUUUGAGACCCUUCUAGCUCUUUUAUUUCGGACUAAGAAAAGAAAGACCUGUUUUACUUUUUAUUUGAUAUUGUUGGAUUUAUAUAAA